UUCCACGUGGCCGUCCAGUAGCGGCGCAGUGCGCACGUCCGCGGCGUAGACCGGAGGGGAUAGAUGUCAGCACGCGAGUGUCCUCGCGCCUGGCCAGUCUUGCGGGCUCGCUGCGUACGCUUACAUGCGGUAAAGACGGAGCUGCGUGCUUAGGAGUAGCACGGCCGGAGUGGAGUGCGUUUCGGCUGCACACACACACACUGCAGACUCGCUCAAGGACUCCAGCUACCGUCGCGCGAGGAGCAAGCAGCAAGCAGCCUGCUGCAGCCAGCCCUUGCCUCGCCGCGCCGCGGUCGCCGUGCGUCGUGAGGUCUCGGGCGAAAUCACACCGGUGUGUAUCACUCACACGGCUGGUGGAUUAUGAGGGGAAGCGUACGCGUGUGCGUGACCUAGCUAGGCUGCACCGACACAGGCUGCACGAUAUUCGUCGACAGCAGAUAUCGGCCACUGGAACUGUUUUCAAGCAAGACGCGAUUGCGAGGAAGUUGAUACAGGCAAGAAUUAUAUCACCUCUACGCAACGAUGAAGUCAGAACCAAAUCGGCCGUUGGGCCAGUGACUGGUAUGUUAGCAGACAUGAUGGAGAGUCAGAAUGUGAUCUUCCCUCCCCGAAACCACUGAAGCCAGAGUGAGUGAGGUGGACCAUGCUGUGUGCAGAGCGUGGCGUAGUGGAGGAAUGGCUUUCAGAAUUCAAGGCAUUACCUGACAAUCUGAUUCCGGGGUAUCCGUGUCGCCUGAGUCUGCAGAAAGAUCUGGUGCCAGCACUGUACACAGUUAUUCAGGAGCAUCCCAGCAGUGAGCUCCUUGCCCCGGUGUGUCACCAGCUGUUCGAGCUGUACCGUAGCCCAGAGGUUGGCCUGCGCCGCUUCACCCUGCAGUUCCUGCCUGAGCUUGUCUGGGUGUACCUGCGCCACACGACCGGCAGAGAGCACCAUCGCAACGGCUGUGUGGAGGCCCUGCUGCUAGGCAUUUAUAACCUGGAGAUCGUGGACAAUAAAGGCAACAGUAAGCUCUUGUCCUUCACUGUACCAAGUCUCUCCAAACCUUCCAUAUACCAUGAGCCAUGCAGUCUAGGUACCAUGGCUCUCACGGAGGGGGCCUUGAGUCAGCAUGACCUGAUCAGGGUGGUGUACAGCGGCCUCCUGCCCCAGAGAGAGACCUUCACCUCCCAGAACAGGUUUGAGGUGCUGUCUUUCCUCAUGCUCUGCUAUAACUCUGCUGUGGUCUACAUGCCUGCAUCCUCUCAGCAGUCAGCCUGCAGAAUGAGCUCACGAUUGUGUGUGUGCGGUUACCCGCGGCAACAGGAGAAGCUGUGGAGGGAGUCGUGCAAUCGCGUGCGUCUGGACCCAGAGUUUAUGGUGCAGAUGCUGAGUGCAGUGUAUCAUGCCAUAUACAACGGUCAGUGGGAACUUGGCAGAGAGGCACUGGAGGACAUCUUGUAUCGAGCCCAACUAGAUCUCUAUCCCCAGCCACUACUGUUAGCGAAUGCUAUGACUCGCUCACUGCCGUCACGACCACCAGAAGGUGCACGGAAUCUUCUAGAGGUUGAGGCCACGCCCACAAACAAGCGAGUGUCACAGACGGCCAUCACUGCUGCCUCCAUCCGCAGACUGCGUUGGAAACGAGAGGAUGCCGACGGCUUGAGCUGUGGAGAGGACUCGUUCGAUCCAGACGAGGGCUUCUCCUCGGGCGCCUCCAGCUGCAGCCAGCCCAGCAGCAUGAAGCGGGACCGGGCCGCGGGGGGUCGGCCGCGCUGGGAGUUGGCGGCGCGGCCGCGAGGGAGUGCGGUAGCCAACGCCCGGGCCGCGCUGCGCCAGGUCCACCAACGACGCCAGUCCCCACCUCUGGCCAUUACCCUCCGCACCGCCGAGAGUAGCCCGAGUCCCAGUCCCAGCACGGCGCGCAGGUUCCUGGACCCGCACCGCGUUCCUGCCUUCGCCGGUCCACUGCCCAGAACCGGCAGCACGUCCUCCAGUAAGUCCCUCGACUGCACGGGCCUCAACGGCUCAUCGGGGCCGACGGACAGCCUGUCACUGGGCAGCCUGGGGGCAGACAGAGCCCACUGUCUGUCCGCCGUUAGCCUGCAGGAGGAUCACCUUGGCCGGCCAACGAUGAGCGAGGAUCUCCUGUCCUCUGGAAGCCCCCUUUCCAAACAGUCGCGCUCCUCCAGUUUUAAUAUGCAGAUUAUAUCACAGGUGUAGAUUAAGUUCGCAGGGCUGAGGUGUGUGUGUG